UGUUGUUUGAAGCAGGACCUCAUGUGAUCCAUGCUAGCACUGCAGAAUCCGCAACACGCUUAUACUUGCAACCGUAGCUAGAAGAUGGGACAAUCGGCACCGUGAUAUCCUAACAGGCUCGGUCUCAUGCAUCACUUGGUGUCCUGGGAGCUUCCAGUUCAUGGGCAUUAUGGAGGAACCUGUAGAGGAGUACAAGUCUCCGUUCAACUUUGAGCAGGGAGUGAACAGCAGCUACCUCUACCUGUCACCUGAAGAGAGUUUGACUCCCCCUGGUUCACCGGUACUGCCGCUCAGAGGGCCCAAGAGUCCAGACAUCUUCCCAGAAGUCGGUGAAGAUGUGAAUGCAGUGUAUGCAGUGCCCAGUUCCCCCUGCACGGCCCUAACUGAGGAAGAGCAAGCAGAACUCAGCAGUGAACUAGCAAAGGUGGAAGAGGAGAUCCAGACUCUUUCUCAGGUGCUGGCAGCCAAAGAGAAGCAGGUGGCCGAGAUCAAGCGGAAACUGGGCAUCACUCCACUCAACGAGUUCAAACAGAACCUGAGCAAAGGCUGGCAUGAAGUCACCACGUCCACUGCGUAUAAGAAGACCUCAGAGACCCUGUCUCAAGUGGGUCAGAAGGCGACGACAGCGUUCUCCAGUGUGGGCUCAGCCAUUGGCAGAAAGCUAGAGGACGUGAGAUUACAGUCAUUUUCCAAUUCUUUUGGUAUACACUCCAUACAGCAUUCGGCUAGCAUGCCACUGAUGAGAAACACACCCACCUUCAAGUCAUUUGAGGAGAAGGUGGAAACCAUAAAGAUCAAGAUGAACCCAACCCCAUCAACAGGCGAUACCGAAGAGGUUUCAGAAUCCACACCUGACGGAAAGCCAGUGGUUGACCAGCCAGAGGGAACGUGUCCACCAGAUCAAAAACCACACUGAGGAUCCACCCUCAAACGCUCCCCUCUUCUCUCUUGUUACCUCCUGUUUCCCUUCUUUCAUUCCACUGUUGUGCUUCUACAUAGUCACUGUGAGCUUUGUUUUGUGGCAGUAUUUGUCCACUGAAGUCUGGGUCAUCUCCAGACGGGACUUGGUGGUCCUACACUGGAGCAGACAUGUCCGAAUGUGAGAUGUUCUGUAUGUUCCCUCAUGCACUGUCACACUAGAGCAUUGACCUUUGACCCCUACCUUCAGGUCUGUGUUGUUUUAGCCUCCUGAGAGGCUCAGGCUGUCCUUUAGAAGUCCCUAAACAUUUCCAUGUACUCUUUUGAAGAAUAUAUCCUUAAGGCAUUAUACAAAGUUUAAAGAUGUAAUUGAAUUUGACUUCUUGUUUGUGUAAAUUCACUGUAGCACAUCCAGCUACUUAAAAUUGCCAGAUUUCGCUGUGUAUAUAUAGUUCAUCUUCUGUUUUUAAAACAAAUGCCAAAAAGUGUGAACUUUGAACGGAAAUAUUUUUGCAUAGAAAGUUUAUUGAUUUGUAUUAUUAGCAUUAAUACCAAAUAUGAUCAAACAGUAGUGAUGUUAGACUAUUUAAUUACUUCAUAACUUCAUUACUUAUUUUAUUAGAUUUAGCUUUAGAGAGUUUGUCAUUAAAAUGAGCAGACUUGAGUUGA